GUAAAAGCUUCAUUAAAUCCAUUAUUAUCAUUUAUGAAUACAGAAAUAUGGCUUAAAGCAUCUGAUAAUACAAAUGUAGCAAAGGCAAGUCAUGCUAAUAUCAAUCAUGAUGGCAAAGCUCUUUCUUUAGAAAAUGUGAUUCUUAA